AUGCAAAUCUGCCUCAUGACACACUAUAUAGACCUUCAAUACUCCAACGCUGGUAUGACGUUCUCCUUCGACUUCAAGUGGAUAGGCGAGAAGAACGCCACAUGGCACGGUGGUAAUUGCUAUACGAUGGGCAACGAAACUGUCGGAAUGGUCUGCCAAGAUGUCAUGCGCUGA